AUGGGUACAAUUGUUGAUAUUGUAUAUAAGCUUGAAAAAAUACCACCUGCAUUAUCUACAUUAGUUCUAUUCAAAAUGAAUAAUUAUACAGGUCCAACAUUUUCAAUAUCAGAUAGUUCAGAAGUGACAAUUAUAAUUCAUAAGUUACAAGGCUUAACAUUAUCACAGGCCGUAAUAGACAUUGGAGAUAAGGAAUUUGUCUUAGGUCUUAUAUUUGUAGAAGGAUAG